AUGACGGACAUUAUCAGAACUGCCCCCAACGGCUACCAGGAGGUCCGAACCGGGCUAGGAUGGCGAAAGGUGCUCUCUCCAACCAGCACCGAAGCCACCUUCAGCCUUCCGGUCAUUGAUAUUGGUGAUAUUGACCAUCUCGAUCAAGAACGUCGAAGGGCUGUUGCACAACAGAUAUGCCAUGCCGCAGCCAAUGUGGGUUUUUUCUAUGUCAGUAACCAUGGUGUUCCGGACACAGUCAUCGAAACCAUCUUCUCAGAAUGCAAACGCUUCUUCCAUGAACUGAGUCUUCAAGAAAAAAUGCAAUAUGACACAGAAAAGCAUGAGCAUUACUAUGGCUAUUACCCAAUCAAUCUUGACCCUAGUCUACCUGCAGGCGCAAAAUUGAACGAAGGUAUCAACUAUGGCUACGAACCCGCCGUUGACCCCGAUGCUGUUAAUCCAAAGAACAACGGCGACAACUGGUGGCCGCCGGAGGAGCGUCUUCCUGGCUACGAGAAGAACGUCAAGGAAUACAUGUCUCGUGUCCUCGUGUUGAGUCGAGCUUUGCUGCGAAUGUUUGCCCUCGGCCUCAAUCUGGAGGAGAACUCAUUCGACCACCUGGCUACUAAACCUUACUCUAUUCUCAAGAUGGCACAUUACCCUGGAGUACUUGCUGGAUCAGAAGAGCCAUCGUCGAUUCGUCCUCACACAGACUACGAGCUCUUGACGAUCCUCUUACAGGAUAAUAUCCCCUCCCUCGAGGUCCUGUCCAAUACCGGACAGUGGAUCCAAGCGAAACCCAUUCCAGGUACAUUUGUGGUCAACAUCGGGGAUUCCAUGGCCAUGCUCACCAAUGGGCUUUUUGUGUCCACCAUGCACCGAGUACUCAACCACUCAAGGCGAGACCGAUACUCGGUCCCAUUCUUUCUAGGAGCAAACCAGGAGGCGGAAUUGAAGGCUCUUGAACAAUUUGUCACGUCCGAUCAGCCGCCAAAAUUCCAGCCCGUGACUUCGGGGGAAUACGUCCGCCGAUCUUUACAAGCAGUGUAUUCAAAACCGAACAUAGAGAUAGUCCGGGAGACGAUCGAACUUCAAGGGUAG